AUGGGUGUAAAUCCUCUGGGCAACUUGGAAGAGCCCCAGCUGCCGGUUUCCCGCGGGUGCAGGUGGUUUCAUCCCAACAUCAGCGGAAUUGAGGCAGAGAAGCUGCUCCUGACCAGGGGUGUCCAUGGCAGCUUUCUGGCUCGACCCAGUAAGAGCAACCCCGGAGAUUUCACGCUCUCGGUCAGAAGAAACGACGAGGUGACACACAUUAAGAUCCAGAACACGGGGGAUUACUAUGACCUGUACGGAGGCGAGAAGUUUGCCACCCUUGCGGAACUGGUGCAGUACUACACCGAGCAGCAGGGGCUGCUGCGGGAGAAGAACAGCAAUGUCAUCGAGCUGAAGUACCCGCUCAACUGCCAGGACCCCACCUCGGAGAGGUGGUACCAUGGGCACCUCACAGGCAAGGAGGCAGAGAAGCUUCUGACGGAGAAGGGGAAACCGGGCAGCUUUCUGGUACGAGAGAGCCAGAGCAAACCGGGAGACUUUGUACUGUCGGUGCUGACAAAUGAGGAUAAGAUGGAGACUGGGGACCGAAAACUGCAUGUGACCCACGUGAUGAUCCACUACCAGCCGGAUGGGAAGUACGACGUCGGGGGAGGCGAGAGGUUUGAUACGCUCACGGACCUGGUGGAGCACUAUAAGAAAAACCCCAUGGUGGAGAAAUCUGGAGCUGUGGUUCAUCUGAAGCAGCCAUUCAAUGCCACGCGCAUCAAUGCGGCUAACAUCGAAAACAGAGUGAAGGAGCUGAACAAAAUGGCAGAUCACAGUGAGAAGGCCAAGCAAGGGUUCUGGGAAGAGUUUGAGAUGCUGCAGCAGCAAGAGUGCAAGCUCCUCUACCCCAGGAAGGAGGGACAGCGACCGGAGAACAAGGCUAAGAAUCGCUACAAGAACAUCCUGCCCUUUGAUACCACGCGGGUGGCACUCCAAGACGUAGAUGAGAGCGUGCCUGGGUCGGACUACAUCAAUGCCAACUAUAUCAAGAGCAUCCCUGAAGACGGAAGGAACUCGGAGCACUGCAAGGUCUACAUAGCCACCCAGGGCUGCCUGCAGACAACAGUGAACGACUUCUGGGCCAUGGUGUACCAAGAGAACAGUCACGUCAUAGUCAUGACAACCAAGGAGGUGGAGCGGGGCAGGAACAAAUGUUUCCGUUACUGGCCAGACAAGGGUUGCACCAAGGAAUACGGGUGCAUCUGCGUGCGAAACGUGAGCGAGCGUGAGGCCCAGGGCUACUACCUUCGGGAGCUGGAGAUCCUGCGGACUGACAGGGACGAGCGCCCGAGGCUGGUGAAGCACUAUCAGUAUUUUAGCUGGCCGGACCACGGGGUGCCCAAUGAGCCAGGAGGGGUCCUCAGCUUUCUGGACCAAGUGAACCGGGCACAGCGAAGCAUUCCGGACACGGGGCCGAUCAUAGUGCACUGCAGUGCUGGAAUAGGACGCACAGGCACCAUCAUCGUGAUAGAUAUCCUGGUGGAUAUUAUUCACAGGCAAGGUUUGGACUGCGAUAUCGACAUCCCCAAAACCAUCCAGAUGGUACGCAGGCAGCGUUCGGGCAUGGUGCAGACAGAGGCCCAGUACAAGUUUGUUUACAUGGCUGUGCAGCAGUACAUCGAGGCCGAGCAGAAGAGGUUGGAAGAAGAGCAGAGGAAUAAAAGAAAAGAGCGAGACUACUUGAAUAUCGGCUACUCUCCUCUGGAAAAAGGCAGAGCCAAAGGGCAGCCCCCUUCGCCGCGGAGUCAGUCUGUGGUUGAUGAUGAGUCAGCUUCCGUCUAUGAGAACCUUAACAUCAAAAGCCCAAAGGUUUCAGGGAUGAGUAAUACAGGGCGAUAA